AUGAAUUAAAGUAACUCAAUUGCUCAAAUCGCUUUACUCUACUCUAUAAAGACAGAUGAUGCGUAGGAUUUUUAACUUGAAAAAAUUGACUUUAUGAAUAAUAUUACUAAAUAAUUCUAUUCUACAAUAUAAAAUGAAAUUCUUUAAGUCAAAGGUUUAUUUGGAACCUAUCAAGAAGUUUAAAGAGAAAUUUAAUUGCAAAUAAAUGAAAUUGUGAACUUGUAAUCAUAUUUAAGUCAUUCUGAGAAGGGUAGCUUAAUAGCCAUAAAGUACGAAAAUGUUAUGAUAUUUUGUUUGAUUCUCUCUGAAACAUUUUUUGUUACUAAACCCAUCAAUGAAAAAGCUAUUGAAAUAGUACUUUUUAGAGUAUUAUAAGAUUUAACUGACAAUAUUUAACUUUGCUUUAAUGAUGCAAAAUUAAAAAAAAAUUGGUAUUAAGGAGAUAUAAUUCCUUUUAAUUAAAUAUAGCAAAGAACUGAGUAUUAUUUUGCCGAGAGUGAAAAUAAUUAAAUGUAAGAAUAUGAUUGUAAAUGGAUUUUGUCAUCAAAAAAUAUUACAAAUUACAAAAUCAUUAAUUCAUAGACGUUAUCUCCUUAACUUACAAGAGUAAGGAAACUUCAGUUUAGUUAGUAAGAAUUAGAAAUCUUUGUUGAAAAUUUCAACAAUUUUAUACUAUCAUUAUUGCUUUAAAUCUUAAAUACAAAUUAAAAGUAAAUUAACCAAUUAAUAAAAAUUUUUAAAAUAGAGCACUAGAGCAAAAAUUUGAAAAAUUUGCUUGAUAAAUUAUCAGAUGAUUUAGAAAAGGAGGCUAACAUUUACAAAAGUAAAUUAAUAGAAAAAUUAAUAAAAGUAUUGAAAUCAUAAUAUAAGAGUAACACAAACGAAGAUAAAAAGAGGAAAAUUGAAUAAUUAGUAAAUAAUGUUUUAUAAACAGUGGAAUUAACAGAUAAAAGAGUGUUAAUUUAUAACUAUGGAUUAAUCGAUAAAAAUGCUUAAGAAACCUUCGCAAAAGAAAUGGAUUAUUUUUUGAAUAAAAUUGUUGAAAAAAUUAGUGGAAUUAAAUCAAAAUAUUCUAAUGAAAAAAAUGAAAUAAUUAAUGAAUUAUAGAAAUAAACAUCUUAUGAAGUGGAGAGAAUCAGUUUAAAAUUAUCAAGAGUUAAUGAAAAUGAAUCAGGAAAAGUCUUGAAUAUCUCUCAAAUAGAUAAUUAAUAAUAUACAAUUUUAAAUGGAAAUUUUUUGCAGCUCUAAUCUUCCACUUUUAAAAUUGAGGAUAUUUUUGAAACAAAAGAAAAAGCUCACAUUUAUAUAAUAACUUCUGUAGAAAAUAUUAAUAAAGGAUGUAAAACUCACAUAUAUUUCCAUAUAUAUAAAACAACUUAGAUAUAACCAAUAAAAUAAUUAGAUUUUAAAGAUACAUAAUAAGCUGUUUACUUUCAUGAUUACAGUAGAGGGUAUUUGUAUAUAUUUAAUUUUAAAAAACACUAAGUUUUGCAAAUGAUAAUAACACCUCGAGGUUCAAUAUAAAAUGAAUCAUAGGUUUAUUAUUAACAUGAGCUCUCAAGCUAUUUUAAUGUUUCUCAUGCGGCAUAUCUUAAGAUAGUGAAUAAAUUCAUAGUAUUGUCAACAGAUAGUUUUAUUUAUAAAUAGCAAGAUUAGGGAUAAGAUUUUGAAAAAGUGAAAUGCAAAAUAUAAAAUAAAAAUGAUAUAAAACAAGAAGACUUCAAAGCAACUUUUUACCCAGAUUACAAAUAUAAUUAACUAAUCGCCUGUCCUAGUGGAAAAUACUUUUAUCUUGCCAACUUCUAUUGUUGUGAUAGAUAUGACUUAAAUUGCUUGAAAAUAGAUUAUAUUAAAAUAGAUGGACCAAUCAAAAUAUUUGCUAAUUUUUCAGAUGUCAUAAUUUUAGGUCAACUUGAUUGGAGUGAUCAGAAAGCAAAGACUGCAAAAAUCAUUAGCAAUUUAGUUUCUCAAAAAAAAUUUAAUAAAUAAGAAAAUUAAGAAAAAAAAGCAAUCGGAAAUCCUGCACUUGAUAUAGCUAAAGGAUCUUUUAUUAAAUUUGGUCCAAACUCUCAAUUUUUAUUAAAAGAAAAGAAGAGAAAUAUUAAUAUAUAUGCUAAUAAAGAAUAUUAUGAUAUAAUGGAAUCUUAUUUGAAUAUUAUGAAGGUAAAUGAAAUAAUACUGAGUUCUUCAAUGCUUUAAUUUGCUGAAUUCAAAAGUGAAUAAAUAAAAGAUAUCAUAUUUUCUAGAGUUCCUUUAUAAUUAUGUACAAUUGAAAAUAGUAACUUAAUACCUCUAAAUGAUGGAUUUAGACAACAAUCUUAAACUUAAACUAUAAUAAGUGUAGAUUAAAAAGUUAAAUAAUUACAUUUAGGAUUUUUGGAAGAUCAUUUGUCUAAUUAUAAUAAUAAGAUAUUUGUAGUUGGUAUUAUAGGAAAAUAAUCAUCAGGCAAAAGUUAUUUAUUAAAUAGAGUAUUUGGUACUCGUUUUUCAGUUUCAUCAGCUAGAUGUACUGAUGGUGUUUGGGGAAGUAUAGCAUAUAUAGAAGAUUAAACUUUUUUAGUCUUAGAUUGUGAAGGAUUAUUUAAUGGAGCUAGGACAGAUAAAGAAGAAAUAAAAAUGUUAGCAUUUCUUACAGCUUUAUGUGAUAUUACAAUCUUAAAUUCUGAUUUAACUUUUAAUAGGCAUUUCAAUGAUUUGUUCAAUCAUUUAGUUGAAGCAUCUAAGUAAUUAAAUGAUGAAAAAUUAUUUAAAGGAAUUUUAUAUUUUGUUUUAAGAGAUGUAAGUUCAAAUGAUAAUUCAGGAGCAGAAAAAGAAUUAUUAACAAAUCUUGAAAGACUAAAAGAAGGUGGAACAGAAGAGAUAGUAUUUUUAAAGAGAUUAUUUAAUAAUAAGAUUGCAGUUGAACCAUUAGUAAAUUAUGAACUAAAAUUAUUUGAUGAACAAAUUUCUUCAGUAAGAAAUUAUAUUUUAUAAAAAUCUGCAUAAUCAAAUCACUGGAAUUGUGGAAGAGAAUUAAUUUAAAUAAUGAAAAUUUUGCUAUGUCAAUUGGAAUUAUCAGAUAAUACUAAUGUCAGCUUGAUAGACUUGCAAAUAUUGAUUGAAAAGAUUUUUGAAGAUAGUAAAGAAUUAUGGUAUAAUUUUUCUUCAAAUGAUCUUUAAGACAGUAAUUUGAAAUUAGUUCAAAGCUAAUAUAAGUUUAUUAAAUUUGAAGAAUAUUAACAUAUUUUAUUCAAUUAAGACUUACUGAAAUAACUAUAUGAAAAUCUAAUCACAGAAGAUACUAUCUCAACUCAUAAUAAAAACUUGCUCUAAAUAAGAACUCAAUUUAAUUUAAUGAUGGAAUAAAGAAAAGAUUAUAUUUUAUAAAGAGCAUUAGCAGAAACAAAGAGUAUUAAUAAUGAAGAAGUCAAAGUGAUUAUUGAAAAAAAUAUGUCUAUGUUAAAAAUUUUCUUAACAGACUAAAUAAAAUAGUACUAAUUUUGUGAAGAUAAAUGUAAUGAUUGCCAUUUACAAUGUAAAUCAUUCAAAAAUCAUAUUGAGAUAUCCUAAACACUGAUGUAAAAGUUAGAUGAAGCUAUAAAUAGUUUAGAAGAUAAACAAAAAAAAUCAAAAAUAAAAAAUAAAACACAAGAAUAAGAGAAGAGAGAAAGAAUUGAUUAAAUUAAAGAAGAAAUAAAAGAAGCUGAAUAUACUUUGGAAGGAUUAAUAAUUUAAAAGAAAAUAAUUGAUAUUAAGGAAAAACUAUUAAAGGAAAAAGAUGCAUUAAAGAAUUAUGAUUUCUAUGAUUCAAAUGGAGAAUAUAUAAACACAAGCGUUUUUUAAAUGACCUAAUUUCAAAAUGAAAGUUUGCAAACUGCUACAUUAGAGUAUAUGGAAAGCAUACAAAAUCUAUUUUUCAAUGAAAUUCCAUUACUUCUAAAUACUAAAGAGCAGAAUAAUUAAAGAAUUUAAUAAUAAAAAGCUUAACUUGAAUAAUUAAAUAAAGAUUUAAUUAUUGAAAAGGAUAAUGUUAGGGAGAUUGAAACCAAUUAAGAUAAGAUCUAAUCUACUAUGAAAAAAAUAAGUGAGUAAAAACUAAAAAAGGUUCAGGAUUUGUAAAGGGUUCAAAAUGAAAUUUCAACAAUAUAGAUUGUUGGUUAAGAUAUUAAUAUUCCAAAUUUGUAAUCAAAAGUUUAAGAGGAAAAUAGUAAAUUAAUAGAAAUUGAAUAUGAACUCGAAGAUUAAGAGUUGAUUUUUAAAAAAAAUUCUGAAGAAUUAGAAAGAUUAUUAAAAAUGUAGGAAGAAGAAUAAAUUUAGUAUUUAGAUCAAUUAGAGUAAGAUAUAAAUGAAUAUCUUGAAAAAUAGAAUUAAUUGGAUGAAGAAAUCGAAACACUUAAGAAAAAAAAAAGAGAUAUAGAAGAAAUUAGAUCGAAAUUAGAAAAAGAAAAAUCAAAAAAAAUGGGAAGAAAUGAGAAAAAAAUUAUGGAAUUAAAUUAAGAAUUAAAAGGAUUAGAUGAGAAAUUAAUAAAUGAUUAACUAUAAUAAUGUGAAUUAAAGCAGAAAGAAAUAGAACAAAAUUUUAAAAAUUUCGAAAAUUCUGAGUUAUAUAAUCAAUGUAUAGAAGAAAUAUAAUAAGAGUAAGAAUAAGAUUAAAUGGAUAAUAAAUGUAUAGAAUAGAUAUAAAAAGAGUAAGAAUAAGAUUAAAUUGAUAAUAAAUGUAUAGAAUAGAUAUAAAAAGAGUAAGAAUAAGAUUAAAUUGAUAAUAAAUGUAUAGAAUAGAUAUAAAAAGAGUAAGAAUAAGAUUAAAUUGAUAAUAAAUGUAUAGAAUAGAUAUAAAAAGAGUAAGAAUAAGAUUAAAUUGAUAAUAAAUGUAUAGAAUAGAUAUAAAAAGAGUAAGAAUAAGAUUAAAUUGAUAAUAAAUGUAUAGAAUAGAUAUAAAAAGAGUAAGAAUAAGAUUAAAUUGAUAAUAAAUGUAUAGAAUAGAUAUAAAAAGAGUAAGAAUAAGAUUAAAUUGAUAAUAAAUGUAUAGAAUAGAUAUAAAAAGAGUAAGAAUAAGAUUAAAUUGAUAAUAAAUGUAUAGAAUAGAUAUAAAAAGAGUAAGAAUAAGAUUAAAUUGAUAAUAAAUGUAUAGAAUAGAUAUAAAAAGAGUAAGAAUAAGAUUAAAUUGAUAAUAAAUGUAUAGAAUAGAUAUAAAAAGAGUAAGAAUAAGAUUAAAUUGAUAAUAAAUGUAUAGAAUAGAUAUAAAAAGAGUAAGAAUAAGAUUAAAUUGAUAAUAAAUGUAUAGAAUAGAUAUAAAAAGAGUAAGAAUAAGAUUAAAUUGAUAAUAAAUGUAUAGAAUAGAUAUAAAAAGAGUAAGAAUAAGAUUAAAUUGAUAAUAAAUGUAUAGAAUAGAUAUAAAAAGAGUAAGAAUAAGAUUAAAUUGAUAAUAAAUGUAUAGAAUAGAUAUAAAAAGAGUAAGAAUAAGAUUAAAUUGAUAAUAAAUGUAUAGAAUAGAUAUAAAAAGAGUAAGAAUAAGAUUAAAUUGAUAAUAAAUGUAUAGAAAAAUAUGAUAUUGAAAUUUAAACUAGCUAAUUAGAAAUGGUUUUGUAAAAUUAGGAAAAUUAAUGUUUGUAGAAUGAAUAUUUUGAAACUAAUAAUCAAAAUUAGGAAAAAAUUUUAAAUGUAACUAAGCUUUAAAUAAUAAAAUUAUUAUUAAAAAAAAAAGAAGAAAAAGUGCUUUAAUGCAAGGUUUAGAUAUAUGAUUUAAAAGAGUAAAUUGAAUAAAUGAAAAAUAAAAUUGAUAAUAUUAACUAAAAGAUUUAAGAAAAACUGAAGAUGAAUAAGCUUCUAUCUACUUUAGAAAGUUAAAAGUCAGAUAUUUCUUAAAUUGAUGAAAGAUUAGAAAGUUUGGACUAAAAAUUAUUGUUAGAAGCAGAAAAACUUUGUAAAAUAAAGCAAAAUUAAGAAACAAUAAAAAAUAAAAUAGAUAAGUUUUUAUAAAAUAAUAUGGAACUGGAAAAUAAGAAUGCCUUAAUAGAUGAGUAGAUAAAUAAGUUAAAUUUAAGAUUAGACUAAAUAAAGAUUUUUUCAGAGAAUUUAAGCGAAUAUAUAAUCCUAAAAAAUACACUACAAGAAGAAGAAAUUUAAUUGUAAAAAUUUAAUGAAUUCUAACCUGUUAAAAAUUUACCAUAAUCAGAUGUGUAUAGCAAAAUAUAACAAUUUGAAAAUAAAAUCUAAAUUCUUAAAGGAGAAAAAGACUCAUUAAGCAACUAACUCAGUACGUUUAAUUAAUUUGUAUUACUUGAAUAAGAUUUAAGAAACUUAUAAGAUUUUAAAAAGAAACUUGUUGAAUUAUAAUUUGAAGUACACUCAUGUUAAAGGGAGAGUCACAAAUGUGAUUAAAAUUGUAAAAUAUGCCCUAAUUAAAUAUGUGAUCAUAAAGCUGGACAUGAUGAAAAAGAAGAACAUUUAUGUAUAAAAUAGGAUCAUAGAUGCUAAGAAGUUUGUUAGGUAAUUAAUUGCGAGAGAAAGUGUAUGAAAAGUUUCAAACAUGAUUUAUAACAUAAAUGUGAAAAUGAUCAUCCUUGCAUGGAAAAAUGUUAAUACUGUGAUAAAAAAUGUAAGAAAGAUCGUUCAGAUCCUCAUUAUCAGAAUCAUGAUUGUUAAGAUAAUUCUUGCACCCAUAAUUGUAAAUUAUGUCCAAGAAGAUGUUGUCAAUCACAUCAACACUCCAAAUAAAAGGAUAACCAUUUUUGCGAAAAUGUACAUUAUUGUCAAGAAUAAUGUUAAGAAGAUGGGAUAUGCAAAUUAGAAUAUGAGGUAAUUUAAGCAACAUGGAAAACUUAGUUAUCAGAAUUCUAAUAUACAAAAUAUAUACCUAAGGAUAUUGGGAAAUAAAUAUGCCAAAAACAAAUACCAGCAAAAAUUCAUUAGCAUGAUGGAAAACAUUUGUGUAAGGAAAAAACAGAAAAGCAAUUUCAUCUUUGUAAUUAAUAAUGUCCUGAGUGUAAUACUUAUUGUGAUUAAAAAUAUGGUCAUCAAGGACCUCAUUCAUCAGAUAGACAUAGAAAUAAAGAAAAUUAAAUAUUUACAAUAUAAGAAGGAAAUAAGGGCAACAUAGAAAUCUAAGAUUAGAAAUAAAUAAGAAAAUAUUAGAUUGGAGAAAGUUCUGCCCCAGAAUCAUGCGAUUAGAGCUGCAAAAGAAGAGGAAGAUCUCAUUUUCAUCUAGUUAAAUGUCUAGGAGGUUACAAUUGUUUGGAAAAGAAAAAUUAAUAUAAAGCCAGGCAUUCAAAAGAAAAAUAUGUUUAAUUUGAACAUCUGAAUUUUGAUGAAGUCUUGUGUAUAGACUUUUGGAAAUUAAAUAAUUGGGUCCAUCCAAUCUUGAAUGAAUUAGACAUUAUUACUAAGUGUAAUUACUUUUGUCCUUUAUGUAUCUAAUAAACUAUUAAUUAUUAAUUUUGUGAUUGUUCUGCUUGGCAUACAAAUGAUGAUAAAAUAAGUGCUCAUUCAUUUUCUUGUAUAGAAAAUCAUUUAUAGAACUAAAUUUAAGGGAUAAAUGUAACCUUUGUUAUAGACUCUACAUUAUCAAUGGGAAAAUAUAUAGAUAUGUGUAAACUUACAAUUAAGGAUAUAAUGCAAAAAAGUAUAGCUUAAAAAAAUGUUCAUGGUAAGCAACUCGAAGUUAAUUUUGCUGCUGUUUCUUACAAGGAUCACAAGACUCCUUAUGAUGGAUCUUAAAAUAUUAUUGAUAUAUAAGAUUUCACUACAGAUAAUGUUAUCAUUUCGUUCUUAGAUAAAAUAGUUUUAGAAAAUGGAAUAGAUUAUCCAGAAGCUGUCUUGGAUGGAUUAGAUGCCUCAUUAAAAUUAAAAUGGAAUCCAAAUUAUGAAAAAUUGCUCUAUUUAAUAGCUGAUGCGCCUCCUCAUGGAACAUAAUAUAGUAAUUAUUGGGAUAAUUUUCCUGAAGGCUGUCCAUGUGGAUUAAAAUAAGAGAGCAUCUUUAGAACAUUAUAAAAUAUAAAGGUUAAGUUUAAAAUAUUAAAACUAAAUUAAUAUAUAGAUAUGAUGAUUGCUGAAUUUAAAAAAGACUUUAAAGAUUUAUAAAUAUUAAGUUCUGAUAAAUAGGAUGAAGUUACGUUUUCAAAUUUAAUUGUUAAUGACGUAUGUAAAUUUUUGGCUCAUAAUGAAAUUACAUAUUAAAUGAAAAAAUGA